AUGCCGGACUCAGUUGUUACAUUGGAUCGCUUUCAUCUAGUACGUGGGGACAGGUGCGCUGUGGAGACUGGCAAAUGUAGCCACGGUGGCUUGUUUGACAGGACCAGUUCAAGAGAACCCACUGGAGGCAUCAAUAAGGAUGACAUCAGCUCAAGUCAUGGUUACCUUCACCAGCGUGCUGCUGAAAUGGUCAUCAGAGCUACUAUGGAACUGCUGGAAGACAUCCGACUGGCCACAGGCAAUGUAGCCUUUCUUCGAUUGAUGGGCCUCACUCAGACUUCAGUUCUGGCUUUUGUGUUUGACACCACCAGCAGUUUUUCUAAUUACAUUGAAGUGUUCAAGAGGGUGUGCUUCAGUAUAAUAGACAACAGGAGAGGAACAUCAGAGGAACCUUCAGAAUAUGCUCUAGUCACAUUUAAUGACCAGGAUUCUGGACCUCUGAUUCGGACUGGGAAUGCAGACACAUUCAAAGAAUAUAUUAAUUCUCUUUUAGCAUCUGAUGGUGGAAACCUCUUGAAUAUGUGCCUGUCAGCACUCCUGUUGACACUGACACAAGCACCUCCAUCAUCAGACAUUUUUGUUUUCACUGAUGCUGCAGCAAAGGACUCAGAAUUAAAAACCACAGUUGAGGCCAUGAUGGAAUACACCCAGUCAAGAGUCAACUUCCUGCUUACAAGCUCCUUCUCAUUGCGUAGUGAAAAAGAUGUCUCGCCAACGAGAUUAAUGUCUCUGUCAGACACACAGUUGUACAGAGACCUGGCCCAUGUUUCUGGUGGACAGGCCAUGGAGAUCACAGACACUACAUUUCCUCAAGUCACUUCAGUUAUUAAGGAUGUAAUCAUCGCUGACCUGGUGACUGUUCUUCAGAUAAAGGGAAAUUCAUCCAAGGCAGAAAACUAUUCUUUUGUGCUGGAUCCAACUCUAUCCAAUGUGACAGUGUGUCUCAAUGGAGAUUCUCUAUCCUUUACCCUCUACAGCCCUACAGGUAUGUCUCAGCCAGGUUCAGUGGCAGAUGGUCCUCUGGGCAGCAUCCUGACUAUUGGGAAUUUAAGGAGAGUAAAACUCAACUCUGCUAAACAGACAGGGGAAUGGAAGAUCAGUAUAAACUCCACAAGCUCCUACACCCUUAAAGUCUUUGGUCAGAGUUCUGUGGACAUCCACUUUUACUUUGUGGAGAUAUUUAAGGGAGGUCACGAAGACUCGUGGGGACAGACUUUCACCCGCCCUUUUAUUGGUCGGAACGCUACUUUCUAUGUCUCUGUGACCGGAGGAGAUUCAGUCGCAGUGACUGACGUGCUUCUAGUUGAAGCUUCAGGAUCUGGUGUUGUCAGUGGAACUAUCAAAUCUGUCGGUGCGACAGACUUCCUGGUCAGCAUAGACAGAAUCCCAGAGUGGCCGUUUGUGGUGCAGCUGAAAGGGCUGUUGAAUGAUUCGUCGUCGGCUAGUCGAUUCCAGAGGCAGUCACCCACCCAACAUAAAGGAUCUAGAAUAACAGUCACGGCCCAGUCACAGAACAUUACACAGCCUGGAGUCCCAUUGAGUCUCAACUUUACAGUGGCCUCUAAUGCUACAGGCAGCAACUAUACUAUCAGAGCUCGGACUGACCAGGGCUUCAACGUGUCUUUCCCCAGCUCUUUGACCCUGGGAACAGGGGGAAGCGCUCAAGGAAGCGUCACACUCACUGCACCCUCAGACACCGAGUCAGGGACGGAUGUCACACUCACUAUUGAGGCAGAAGCUCCGGGAUCCACUGAUCUGAAUUAUGUCACGCUGCGACUCACUGUCUCCACGGCAAAUAAUAUUUUCAGUGGAUGUUACUCACUUUCCAUGUGUCUUACUUUCUUCUGGUUUUUCAUUUCUCAUUGUGUAUGA